AUGUCGGCGGCGAGUUCGCCCUCAAAGCAGUCUUCGGACCAUAAACCCAUCAAGAAGCGGAAGCGGCCCACCUUGUCUUGUCUGCCAUGUAAGCACCGCAAGACGAAAUGCGACAAAGCCCAGCCCUGCUCGACCUGUGUCCAGCGCAAGGAAGGUGAGGCUUGCCACUACGAUGAUGGUUCAACGCCGCCACCAACGCAGACUUUUGUGACCCAGGACGAGUUCCAGGCGUUCAAGUCCCGUAUCGAAGAGAUGGCGCGGACGGGCACGUUCUGCCAAAACCAGCACUCGAACGGCGUAUCGCCCAUCAGCGAGUUCUCUCGCGGACGCGGGGCAGAACCGCCGCACAUAGCACCGCGAGCGUACGAGAAGGUGUCGAAUAUGCGUGCCGAAGAGCUCGAAGUCGCAGUGUCAAUCCUCGAGGAUUUGGUUGAUCCCUACGAAAUCCACGGCGCUCCACAGAUGGUCACCCCAACAUCGGUAUCCCAGGACGCUGCGACUUAUCGACGACCCGUCCGGGUCGGCCAAGUUUCGCACCAGUACCGCAACAAGUGGCCAGACAUCACCGCAUGCGUGAUACCCGUCGAGCAGCGCAAUGGGCGCUGGAUGCGCGACAUGUCUGAGGUUAUCAAGUCGAUACCUACCCACCACGUGCUCAUGCUCACUGUCGACCAUUACUUUAAAGAAAUGAAACAGAGCAGAACAUUCAUUCACGAAGGGGUAUUCCGCCGUGAGGUCGAGCAGUUCGAGACACUGCGUGCCUCGAACAUGUGGCGCAAUAUAGAUCCGGCCUGGACGGCUCUGCUGUGUUCAAUGAUCUGGACAGCUUCCCAUUCAAUGGCUCUGGCCAACACUCUGCUCCCGGGCAUCAGGAUGGAUCCUCAAGCUCUCAUUCAGCUCUCCUCGACAAUGUUCGAGGCCCUGGAGACGAGCCUGGCCUGUGCUACAUGGGUCUAUCUCCCGCAGAUGCGCGUCCUGGCUGCGCUUAUCGUCGGGAUGCCCGCCGGCGGCAUCGGUUGCCACCCAGCAUUCAUCCCGGGGAACUGCAAGCUGACGAGUGCCUGGAUGUGGAUGGAUAUCGCCGCAGGCAUCGUCAAGGCGCUCGGGCUCGAUCGCCUCGGUCCAGACAGCAAGCCGGCGGUUCUCCCUGACGAUCCAAUGCUGCCGCCUGGCCACAACGACCUCGCGCGUCAGAUCGCUCUGCGCGUCUUCCAGGCUACGCUGUACACGGACGCGUUUAGCAGCUGCGGGUUCUCCGACAUGCAGACGGUCCCGCCAACAGUGUUCCCGAUGGGCAACUAUGACAACACCAUGCCGAGCAACUACUGCGAGAACGACCUCACUGUGCCCGAGCGUCUCACCCCGGCCCCGCUCAGUGUUAAAACCGAGAUCAUCUGGACAUUGUUCCAGGUGCGAAUGGCCGACCACUCGCGCAAGAUCACUGCCGCGCUGCGACACGCCUCGACGCUGGCGUACGAGACAGCGCUCGAGUACGACAGCGGCCUGCAGAAAGACAUGCGCGAGCUCAUGGAGCUGAGACUGAAUGGCAACCUGAACGACGAAGAGAUGCUUGCUUGGUGUAUUACGCAGAGCUCGUACAACCAGCGCAUCCUGAGGCUGCACCGUCCGUUUUUUAUUUUGAGCUUCAAGGAAGAGCGGUACCACUACUCACAGGUGACGGUGGUCACGGCGGCGCAGACGAUGUUGACGAAUUUCCGCGGCCAAGUUCGCAAGAACCCUUCACGGAUCGCCCUGAGGCAUAACAAGUUUCUCAUCGUGCAUCAGUUGUCGGCCAUUCUCGUGCUGUUCAUCCAGUGCAAGCUCGACCCGUCGUCCAAGGCGAGCCUGCAGCCUGAGAUCGAGCAGGCUUACUCUACGCUGCAGGAGCUGGGAGCGGGCAAGGGCGACAUGUACGGCAUGGUUGGCGAUAAGGUUUUGCAUUCUGUCGGGGCCAUGAUCGAUUCGCUGAGGAUUGCAGAGGCCGUCGACUCGGACGACCUUGACACGGUGCUGCAGCAGGUGGCCGAGAAGGCGGCAUUGCACGAUGUGGCGGUCAGCCCGCGCGCCAGCAUGUCGCAGCAGGGGCUGGCCCGCGCGCCACAGUUCCUACCAGGCGUCUCGGGCUUGGGCAAUGUCCCUCUGCAGUUGGACCAGUGGACGGUUGCGCAACUGAUGCCGGAGCAGACCCAGCUUGACACGGAGUUUGCGUUUGAGAGCUGGGAGGCUAUGAUGCUCGGGAUGGGUGUGGUGUAG